UCAGAUCAAUCUUAAUAAGAUGACAUGAGAUCCAAUAAAAUCAGACAAAUAGAACAAGUUUUAACUUUUAACCGUCUGCCUAUUACUAAUUUUCAGCAACUUACCGGCGCCAUUUUAUUAUUCUCGCUUGGGCUUGCGGCCAUUUUAUUAAGAUUGUGCUGUUGGGCCUUCUAAUUUCUGUUUUUCAAGAGGGCCUUCUGUGAAUUACGGAGAACCCAAUAUCCCAAAAGGUUUCCGGCCUCUCUCUCCGGGCAACCUUCCCAAUGGCGGACAACAAGAAGCGUCGGCGAGCAACCCACGACGCCGGCGCCGAACGGAUUCCGUUCAAAUCUAAGGUCAGACCGGACUCCGACAUCCUCCAAAUCCUCAAGAACCUAAAGGACGCAGCAGUGGCUUCCUCCUCCAGCUCAAAAACCCUAACCCUCUCCGACCUGGAUCUCGCCGAUAACUUCCGCGAAGUCAAAGAUCUCCCCCUCUCCGCCGUGCAAACCUCCAUAGAGGAUCUCAUUCUCAGCCUUGCCCGCUCCAUCCUCUCCGGCCAAGGGUUCUCCUACACCGUCCCCUCCCGCUCCUCCGCCAACCAGCUCUAUAUCCCCGAACUCGAUCGCAUUGUCCUCAAAGACAAGGCAUCCGUCCGCCCCUUCGCCAAUGUCUCCACCGUCCGCAAAACCACCAUCACCACCCGCAUCCUCCGCCUCAUCCACGAGCUCUGCUCCAAGCAAAUCCACGUCACGAAGCGAGACCUCUUCUAUUCCGACGUGAAGCUAUUUGUGGACCAGACUCAAUCCGACGCCGUAUUAGACGACGUCUCCUGUAUCCUGGGGUGUACAAGGUCCAGCCUGAAUGUGGUUGCCUCUGAGAAAGGAGUUGUUGUGGGUAGGCUUAUUUUCAGUGACCAUGGCGAUGUGAUCGAUUGCACGAAGAUGGGGAUGGGAGGAAAGGCCAUCCCCCCAAACAUUGACCGGGUUGGGGAUAUGCAGAGUGAUGCACUGUUCAUACUCUUGGUUGAGAAGGAUGCUGCUUAUAUGAGACUGGCCGAGGACAGGUUUUACAAUCGGUUUCCAUGUAUCAUUGUCACGGCCAAGGGGCAGCCGGAUGUGGCUACAAGGUUGUUCUUGAGAAAAAUGAAGAUGGAGUUGAACUUGCCGGUGCUAGCUCUUGUGGACAGUGAUCCAUAUGGACUCAAGAUUCUAUCUGUGUAUGGGUGUGGGUCUAAGAACAUGUCUUAUGACAGCGCAAAUCUGACAACUCCGGAUAUAAAAUGGUUGGGUGUCCGACCGAGUGAUCUUGACAAGUACAACAUUCCUGAACUCUGCAGGUUAGACAUGACCGAGCAGGAUAUUAAGACCGGGAAGGAUUUGUUGGAAGAAGACUUUGUGAAGAAGAACCCCGGGUGGGUCGAGGAGUUGAAUUUGAUGGUUAAAUCCAAACACAAGGCUGAGAUUCAGGCGCUGAGCUCGUUCGGGUUUCAGUACCUCACUGAAGUGUAUUUGCCAUUGAAGCUUCAGCAGAAAGAUUGGAUCUAAAGGAUAAAUUUGCAGGCUUGGCUUUGCUUUCUAUGCAUAGAGUGAGUGCCCCCCCUUGGCCCUCUCCCUAUGAAAACUUUUAUGUAUGAGUAUCUGUUUUUGUAGUGUGCAUUUUGAGAUGCAAUAUUGUCUUCUCUGAAAGGAUUUUCAAUAGGUAAAAAGAAACUAUCCAGUAACCUUUAUGGGUUCAUCUCCUGGUGUUUGGCUAGGCAUUUUGGAGACCAUUUGCUAUUUUAAGUAAGAUCCUCCUGUAUCAGCUAGCCAUUUGGCAUUGUACUUUGAGGUUGAGUUAUACAUUU